AAACGAUAAACACUAAACUUUGAUUCAAAAACACUUCAAUUUCCCACAAUCUUUUAAUUGGUUUCAAUUUUUUUUGACAGAUAUUUUUUCUAAUUUAAGUAUAUAAUUUAACACACUUAUACAUGACACCACCCCUAUUUGCCACAAUAUUCUCUAACAACAUAAUAAACCAUGGAAAUCAAUCUUGCUAUCCUCUCUAUUACAACCCUUUUCCUUGUUCCUUUACUCUAUUUCAUCCUCCUUAAACCUAAAACUAUCCAUUAUGGCUUUAAGAAAUACCCGAUUUUCGGUAUGAUACCGGACUUUUUACGUAAUCGCCAUCGUUUUCUCGAAUGGUCUACCGAUGUUUUGUCUACUAUCCCUACCUACACCUCCGUAUUUUACCGUUUCGUUGGCGGGAACCAUGGUGUGCUCACCGCGGACCCCGCCAACAUUGAGCAUAUUCUCAAAACCCGGAUUGAGAUUUACCCAAAAGGGACCCGGUUUCUCUCAAUCCUACAAGACUUCUUGGGCACCGGCAUUUUUAAUGCCGAUGGCUCGUUGUGGCGCUUGCAACGCAAAACUGCGAGUUUUGCGUUUAACAUGCGCAGCCUAAGAAACUUCCUACUGAACUCGGUUCAAGUUGAGAUUAUUAAUCGGCUUAAUCCGAUAUUAGAAGAGGCCUCGGGUUCAAACAGGGUUUUGGACCUACAAGAUGUCCUCGAGCGGUUUGCUUUCGAUAAUGUUUGUAAGUUGUCAUUUAAUGUGGACCCGGGUUGCUUGAACCGGUUCGGUUCAAGUGAGUCGGAGUUUAUGCGGGCUUUUAAUGAUGCCACGGAGCUUAGUUCGGGACGUUUCUUGUAUGCACUUCCUAUGUUGUGGAUAAUAAAGAGGUUUUUUAAUUUUGGGUCGGAAAAUAAAUUGAUGAAAUCAAUCGUAACCGUACACGAGUAUGCUGACGAUAUCAUACGGUUGAGAUUGGAGGAGGAAAAGUCAAAUAAAGGUAAUAAAUAUGAUGAUCUGUUAUCCCGUUUUAUUGAUGCUAUGUUGGAUAAUAGUCGAAGUUUUGUUACAAAUUCAAUUAAAUUUUUGAGGGAUGUUGUUAUAAGUGUUAUAUUAGCUGGAAAAGAUACCACGUCAACGGGUUUAAGUUGGCUGUUUUGGUUAUUGUCACAUAAUCCGGAUGUUGUUGAGAAAAUUCGGGUGGAAAUCGAUCAUAUUCGGGUUCGAAACAAGAAAGUGAUAGGAAGUACCUAUGAUUAUGAGGAGUUACAAGAAAUGCAUUACUUACAUGCGGUAAUAUCUGAAUCACUACGAUUAUACCCACCUGUACCUGUUGAUACAAAGGCGUGUUUAGAAGAUGAUGUUUUGCCAGAUGGGACGAGGGUUAAAAAAGGUUGGUUUGUUAUGUACCACAUAUAUGCAAUGGGACGGAUCGAGGGUAUUUGGGGGAAAGAUUGCUCCGAGUUUAAGCCUGAAAGGUGGUUGGAAAACGGGGUUUUUAAGCCGGAUAGUCCGUUUAGGUACCCGGUUUUCAAUGCCGGGCCAAGGGUUUGUUUGGGUAAGGAUAUGGCUUAUAUCCAAAUGAAGUCUAUAGUGGCUAGUGUGUUGGAACAAUAUGACGUGGAUGUGUUAGGGAAAGAGAAACGCCCAGAUUACAUAUUGUCAUUGACACUAAGAAUGAAAAAUGGCUUGCCUGUGAGAUUAAGCAAGAGAAAGAGCAUCAUGUGAAGUUGUGAACACUUGAAAAUCUUACUUAAUAGCAAAUAUUUGUAUAGUCUCUUUGGUUGAGUGGUCGAUAUCUUAUAUGAUUAUAUUCCCUCAAGCAUGAAAUUCCACAUGCCUAAGAGAAGAUUUAUUAUCCUAACUUUUAUGUACCUUAAAAAAAAAAAUCCACAAGAUCACAAUCAUCUUAAGAUAUGUACACAAAAAAAAUAAAAAAAUAAUAAUAAAUUGCAUAUAUAUAUAUAUGAAAUUUGAAUGUAUUUGUACAAGUACUUGAUUCAAACUUGCAUACUUGGUAUAUACAUUUAAAGAGAAAAAAAAUUUCAAUUUUGGUCUGCAUACUUGGUAUAUACAUUUGAUGUAAACUUUCUUUGUAUAUAUAUGCAUUUUUUUAAAAUAAAUUGGGGUAUUCCGAAGGUUGUGAAGG